UCGCGUGCACGUUACAUCCGGGUUGAAGGUCCAAAUUCAAUGGGUGGUAGACAGAGAGCGGUCGCCAUGCUCGGGGUGCUGUUUGUGGAGGCAAUCACCAAUACCGGCGACACUACUUUGGAUUGCCAAUAGCUGUGAUAUUAGUAGUGCAUAAGCGGCCCUCAUGGAGUGUCAACAUCUGUGAUAUUACUUGCGUGGAAGGAAUCCUAUUGGGUCUCAAUAUAUGUGAUAUUACUAGUGUACUAUCAUAUAAACGGUCCACGGGGAGUGUCAACAUCUAUCACAAUACGAGCGGGCUUGGAAGCGUUCUUCAGUAGGUUUUACCGUCAGUGACGCAGAAGAAGCGGCACUUGGAGCUGACAGAGACGGCCCCCAGAUACCAGAUCUCGUCAUGGCGGGAUCACAUGUGAUCCAGAGGAACACAGAUGUAUUUCAAUUCACCGACAAGCCUGGACAGAACGUGCGCUUGGCGAAUGGUAAGACGUCAGCGCUGUGGUUCCAGCGUUGUUUCGACGGCAAGUGUUUCGUCACGGAACCUCUCUCCAGAGGAGGACGUCUAACACUGGAACUGUCCGGGAGUGGCGCCCUGCUUCUUGGUCUCCUCAACAGACGCCCAACAAAGUCCGAAGUCCGUGAUGUUGAGAACAAGCUAUCACCAAACUGUGUCUAUUUGCAGGAGUACGACAUGCACAAACAGAAGAAGUUUACAGUGUCACUUUCUCGCGAGACUUCUCGAGAAGUAAAACUAAAAAAUGAUGUCGAAACAAGAACCCUUGAGAUCAAGAACGGACAUAUUUUUCUUGCCUUUGAGCUCCUGUUUGGGGACUUUGUAAUGGAGCUCCUGUCAGAUGAUGGGAGGAAUUAUAAAUUUGACGCUGUUUGCGGCCCAAACAUACGGUACCCAUCACGAAGCUGUACAUCUGUUUGUCUUCAGAAUGCAUAUGGAGACACACUGUGCUCAGCCAGUCGAGCUGUUGAGAAAAGGGAGACAAUCCAUCUCAUCUUCAAUCCUGUUGAUGAGGCAAAAUGGUGUCAUAUGAUCACGUAUCUAUCAAAUAGGAGUCCUGCAAUGAUGGAUGCAAAUAAUAUGAAGAUGGGACUUAGAUCUCGCAUGAAAUUCAAAUUGCGUGGGUCUGUCCAACUUUGCUUUCAAGAUGGCGGCGUUCCUAGUUAUGCCUUCAAUGGAAGGAAAAAACGGGCUGAUGUUAGCGACCUUGACCUUUCCGCUCCCCUCUUUCUCUACAUGCAACUUUUUAGAGUACGAGUUGACCUCCAUACAGCUCGGCCAAUCUCAUUUGGACCGACAAGAUGUGUCAUCGAUGGUGCUGACAAUAGAUCUGGAGAUGGUCCACUACCACGCGAAUUGCCAAGAUCUGUCAUCGAUGGUGCUGACAAUAGAUCUGGAGAUGGUCCACUACCACGCGAAUUGCCAAGAUCUGACAUCGAUGGUGCUGACAAUAGAUCUGGAGAUGGUCCACUACCACGCGAAUUGCCAAGAUCUGUCAUCGAUGGUGCUGACAAUAGAUCUGGAGAUGGUCCACUACCACGCGAAUUGCCAAGAUCUGUCAUCGAUGGUGCUGACAAUAGAUCUGGAGAUGGUCCACUACCACGCGAAUUGCCAAGAUCUGUCAUCGAUGGUGCUGACAAUAGAUCUGGAGAUGGUCCACUACCACGCGAAUUGCCAAGAUCUGUCAUCGAUGGUGCUCAUGCUCGACCUGCGGCAGGCGCUGGUUCCUCAGAGUGUCUGAUGACAAAGAAGUCGUUUUCGAACUUGAUACAAAGCAAUUACGUUUAUCUGCAAGAAAUCCUUGAUCCAGGCCCUUUGGCGGAUCAUCUUUUAGCGGGUCAUAAAAUGUCCCCCACACAAGCAGAAGAGAUCCUGGAAUUGCCGACUAGGAGGAAGAAGUGUGAAAAAGUUCUUCACAUCCUCAUGAAAGUCCCUGACACUGAGGAGACAUUUGUAAGAGCCAUGGGAUAUCCACAGCACCCCCAGAAACACAUUCUAUUUAAACUCGGUUUGUUGGAAGGGGCUAGUUCCCGCGAUUGUGAAACGUAAGCUCCAUGAAAAUGUAAUUCCGACCUCCUGCAGAGAUGGCGGAUCCACGGAUUUUACAAAGGGUGUUGCUGGUUAUUCUCAUCUUCUUUGUGUGUUAGGGGAGGUGUUCAAAUGUAAACCUUUUACAUUACGACCCUCGGUUGUGUGGGUGUCAUAUCUAGAAUCAUAUAUUAUCCUUCUUUGAGCGUGCGUGUGUCGGGUUUGGGGAAUGCUACACGCCAAUCAGACAAUUAUGUACAUAUGCAUUUCCAUAAUACGAUGGUAUCUUCGGGCAGAACAUCACUGUGGCCCCUGACUUUCCCACCACUUGGUUUCGCCGCUUUGUUUUGUUGUUGUUUUACGCCGCACACAGCAGUAUUCCAGCUACAUGACGGCGGUCUGUAAAUAAUGAAGUCUGGACCAGACAAUCCAGCGAUUGAUGUCAUGAGCAUCGAUCCACGUAAAUGGGAUCAAUGGCAUGCAUAAACCACGUCAGUGAGCCUGACAACCUGAUCUCGUUAGUCGCCUCUGACGACAAACAUAGUUGCCUUUUACGGCAAGCAUGGGUUGAAGAAGACCUAUUCUACCCCGAUCUUCACGGGUUGGUUUCGGCGCUCAGCAGCACCCUGGUUGAUGAGUAAUGUUUAAGCCCCUAUAAUCAGAUUUUGUCUUGACCCUGAUGAAGGGCAAGAAGAAACUAUGAAACGUUGUGUGUGUAUAAUACAAAAAGUGGUCAUCCUUAAUACUCCGUGUCAUAACUAAUCUUGGGUACUGAGCAAUGGCCUUUGUAUACAUGUAGAAGUUUCAAACGAUUAUCGCCCAGUCGUCUAAGGCGCCACAAUUCGAUGUGCAGUGUUGCGUACCAUGGGCACGCCAGAAAUCUAUGAUGCAGGGAUCGAAUCCAGGUUCGCCCUGAUUAUGUUUCUAGGCACAGACACAAACAGACAGACAGACAGACACUCACACUACAUGCAGGCGCCGCGAUAAAUUGUGCAGAGUUGCCUCCUUUGGGCACACCAGAAACCUAUGAUUGUUGGUUCGAAUCUCGGUUCGCCCUGAUUAUGUUUCUAGGUUUUUUACAUCAAGCUGACACGCCGUGAUAUGACUUGAAAACAGAUCAAAUCGGCGUUAAACCCGACGAUGAAGUAAAAUUCUCGAAGUCGAUUGGUCAGAUUAACAAAGAUCAAUUUCCACUGGACGACGGGACUACUUUUCAUGUAUCAGUCCCAAAAAGACACUGUAACAGCAAUCGUAUUUUUCAAAUUGUGGCUAUUUUGUUAAGUAGUGAGUGAGUAUAUUUUUACGCCGCUUUUAGCAAUAUUCCAGCAAUAUCACGGCGGGGGACACCAUAAAUGGGCUUCACACAUUGUACCUAUGUCGGGGAUCGAACCCGGGUCUUCG